AAACUAGGAAGGAGAGUACCCACAAAAUAUUCAUUUUGCUUCUUCCAGGAUUUUAUUGCAGAUUGGUGAGUGUUUCUCUCCAGCCAGACAUCUCCAGGAACUACCCUAGCAGCUCAGAACAUGACCACUUCAAGGCUCGAAAACAUGGGCAGCCGUUUUGAGGCAAACACCAAGUUUGCCCUCAACUUCUUCAAAGAGCUUAGUGCAAAUGAUCCUUCCGACAACGUGGUUUGUUCUCCUUUCACUAUAUCUUCUUCGCUGCUUAUGGUCUUGUUGGGUGCCAGAAAUAACACAGAAGCUCAGAUAUUAAAGGUGCUCUCUGUAUCCAAAGAUGAAGAGGUUCACCAAAGAUCUGGGAAAUUUAUAUCUGAUAUCAAUAAACUACGUGCCAAUUAUAGUCUCAGUCUAGUCAACCAGUUCUUUGGAGAAACAUCAUAUGAUUUUCUUGCUGGAGAACUGUCAUUUAUAGAAUCCACUGAGAAAUUCUACAAUGCAGGUCUGGAGAAACUUAACUUCAAACAAGCUUCAGAAGAUUCGAGAAGACAUAUAAAUGCCUGGGUAGAAGAAAAAACAUCGGGAAAAAUUCAGGAUCUGCUUGGCCCAGGAAUAAUUGAUUCGCAUACAAAACUGGUUUCGGUGAAUGCUAUCUAUUUCAAGGGAAACUGGGCAGAUAAAUUCAACAAAGAUCUCACAUCGGAAAAGCCAUUCUGGAUUAACAAGAAUGAAAGCAAAACAGUACAGAUGAUGUUCAAGAAAGCAAAAUAUAAUAUGGCCCACAUUUCGGCUUAUCAGACUUCUGUUCUUGAGAUUCCAUUUGGUGAUAAUGAGUUGAGCAUGAUCAUUCUGCUCCCUGAUGAGAUUGCAGAUAACUCUACUGGAUUGGAAAAGCUGGAGAGAGAAAUUACAUAUGAGAAACUCAUGGACUGGAUCAAUCCAGAGAAGAUGUUCCCAAGAGAAAUUGAACUCUCCUUUCCCAAAUUUAAAUUGGAAGAAAAAUAUGAUCUGAAGCCUGUUCUGAGAAGCAUGGGAAUGACGGACGCAUUUGAUGAGGGCAAGGCAGACUUCUCCAGAAUGUCAACUAACAAAGAUUUAGCCCUAUCUGAAGUUAUUCACAAAGCAUUCUUAGAAGUCAAUGAAGAAGGCACUGAGGCAGCUGCUGCCACUGGUGUAAUAAGAGUAUUUAAGAGUGCACAGCCUCCAUUAAAAUUCACAGCUGACCAUCCCUUCCUCUAUUUUAUUACCGAACGAUCUACAAACAGCAUCGUGGUCAUUGGUAGAUAUUCCUCUCCGUAAUGGGUGCAUCCAGCAUAUGUAGGUACAAUGGCUCAGACCCUUAAUUCCUCAUCAGAUUUGUUUAAACCACAUGAUACUGAACUUUCACUAUCACACUUAUAAACUUCUCUGUAAUUAGGGUAGAGAGAGUUCCUUUACAAUAGUCCACAAUGCUGGGUUUUAAUCCUCUCUUUCCAGACUUAUUUUUAAUCAAUUCAAGAAAAUAAGUUUUUAGUACAAGAGUUCUGAAUGGUAGAUAAAUCCCGCAAAAUUGCUUUGCUUAUAUAGGAAUGUGGGCUGUGGGCAGAAGCUGUUAAACAUGAAUCAGAUGUAUUACAACACAGAUGUAACUAUGUAUUUGUCCAGUAUACAUUUCCAUGGGAUGAUACAAGUACAGUCAGCUCAGCUUCCAUCGGGACAUCAUGUUUUAUCAUUCGAAUGACGUCAUGAGUAGUUGUAGAUGCCUCUGCUAAGCUUAUAAUGGCAAAUGUGCACAGUGCUAGAAUGAGGACACAUACCUAUUUUUUGUGACCAUCGUUUAACCAAAUUUCAUUUUAUGUAACUCAAAUAUCUACAAAUGAUAUUUAGCAUAUAUACUUUAAUUCUUAUUUUGCUGCAGUCUUUCAUGUAAUCAAAAUUGAAAUAA